AUGACCAGCACGACCUCGACUAGCGUAACCUCGUCGUCACUCUCCUCCAGCACCCUCGUCACCACCAGCACAAGCUCAACCAGCUCAACCAGCUCGACCACGUCGUCGCCUCUCCCCACAACGACCGCGCCAACCCGCGCCUCCCUAGUCCCCACCGCCGGCCUUGAUACCCGCCUGCCUAGUGUGACCAUCGGCCCGCUGCCCACUGGGAGCGCGCCCGUGCCGCCCGCCGUGUACCAGAACAACCUCGCCUACGCGCGGCAGCUCAACAGUGCCUUUGCCGCGCUCACCCCUGCGUCGCCCUGUAUGCCCGGCAAGGCCGCCUGCCUCGGGCCCCGCACGCAGGGCGUCUGCCGCCCCGACGGCACCUACGCGCCCGUCGCGUGCGUCGACAAGCAGAUUUGCGUCGCGCUGCCCAUGGCCCGUGUCGACGGCGUCACCAUUGGCUGCAGCGAGCCGAACGCGGCUCUGGCCAUUCUGAAUGGCAAUGCGCCACCUGACGCAGUCGCUGUCGAGCGUCUCGCCGCCGAGCUCGCCACCUGCUUCGCCAGCACCGGCGCCUACGACCUCGUCCCAGCCGGUGGUCACGCCCUCGACGCAGCCCCCGGCCUCUUCGGAGCCGGAAAAGACAAAAGUGAUCACGAUGACGAGCAUCCGGACAUCGUACAUAACCGUGACGCCUGCGGCACCAAGCACAUCCGCGCCGCCAUCCUCUCCCCCGACACAGCCACCAUCCACUUAUCCACCAGCGUCUUCCACGGCGCCACCACCGCCGUCUUCUUCCCAGCAGCCCGAGGCAGCAGCGCCCGUCUCCAGCUCGCCCGGCCCCUCGUGGAGCUCCAGCGACCGACUCAUUCGUCCCGUCCGCCGCCGUCGCCGCCCAUGACCAGCAACGUCAUCGUGCCCGUCGUGGACGGUGGCAGCAAGCCGGCCGUCUCCCAGGCAGAGGAGGCGCCGCCGCCGCCGCUCACUACAAAGGUCGUGGGCGGGCUGGCCACGGUCGUGUAUACGGUGACGCGGACGGCGACGGUGACGCAGCGCGAGACGGUGACGAGCCGUGAGACGGUGACGAGUCGCGAGACGGUGACGCUGAUCAUUACGCACACUGCAUGA